UUCAGUCCGUCCAAUGAAUGGUUGGUGGUGGGUCUUCGUUGGGUCCGCGCUCGGACGGAAGUUAGUCGCUUGCCAUGUUCACUCGCGGUCGGUUGGACUGCUGCUCCCCAAACAACGCAACCACUGAAUCGUUGUGUCGAACGCGUUGAGGUUGAGAUCUUGUUGGUUGAGACCUCAUCCGGAGUUCGGUUUUCGCGUUAUCAUCUGCAAUCUGCAUCAACCGUUCAUCGUCUUCCUCGGUCGGCGUAGUUGAAGUUCCGUUUUGUUUUAGAUAGUGCAGUUUCGCGCGACACUGAUUAGCUGACGAGAGCGGAGAGAUUGUUGUUGUCGUUCGGUAUAGUGGGUGAAAUAAAGGUGUUCGCGCAGACACAGAUAUACCUAGCUAGGGCUGCAUUCAGUUCAGGCGAAAUUGGUGCAAAUUGGCGGAAGAAAUUGAAGCCGGGGCAGCGACUGGAAAACAACGAAAUCGAAGAAGAGUAAAUUGGGAGUGUGAAGAAUACCAGCUCUCUGGUGCAUGAUCCAGUCUACAGAAGUUGGUGUCCGAGUUGUUCCGAAGAAAUACGCGUGCGACGAAGAUCUGGACAGUUUGGAUGCCUUAUGGGUGUCUGGUGAAAAAUCUGAAGUGAUACGAAACGAGGGAAACAAGGGAAGAAGUGGAAGAAGUUCUGUGAAGUGAAAUGUUGCAUCAUUGAUAAAAGAGAAGGAAGAAUCGCUGUUAUCUCUACGGAAGAAGAAUGUGAAGUGCGUAAGGUGAGUGUUGAACUGAAACCAACGAAAGCAAGCAGAUAUGUCCAGCGUGCAUGCGGUGUCCUUCAACCGGCAGUACGGAUCGUUCCGUACGUCGAAUGCCGGCAUACCGAAGAGUCCGGUUAUCGGUGGACUGAAUCGGGGCCUGAUCGCUACGAUCAGCUCUACGGCUCAACCGAACCGGGUUACGACCCGAUCGCUGGCGGCCUCAUCGACGGCUUCGUCCGGAGGUGUUCAGUCCGUGUCCGUGUCGUCGGUACGGAACCAGGAGAAUCUACCGAACACCCGCGUGCUGGCGGUAACUCCCCGCAGCUGUCGAAAGGCCUUAACUUCCAACGGAAGUGUUACAACGACGUCGAACAGCAGCAGCAGCACUACCAAGAAGAUUGGACUCAACUCACCGCUCCAAUCGCCGCAAAUCAUCCGCUCGACGCGGAUCGAGCAGAACAAUUGGAACAAAAAGCUGACCACGUCGAACUUCUGCUCUCUACACUCCAAGUCUCCGGGUAGUUCCGGAACUUCGGUGGAAUCGAUUGUGCCAAAAUAUACCAAUAGCGUUAGUAGCAACAACGGUGCCUUAAAAGCUUCCUUUCCGGUGUUCGGAUCCCGCGCUAGCGGCGCCGAAAGCCUCAUUACCUCCACGAACGGAUCUCAGAAGCGCGCUUACAAUGUUAACAAACCAAUAGCCAAGGGCGCACCCAAGUCAUGUAUCGUCGGAAGCACCCAUAGCAACAGUAGUGGUAGUAACAGUAGCAGCACUAGCAGCUGCGCCAACAAUAGUACUAGUAAUAGUAGUAGUCGUAGUAACAAUGGCUGUGUCGCACACAAGAUUGUCACCAAGAAGCUGUACAGGGAGAGCAACGCCCCCAGCGGGUACGUGGCUCAGAUGGCCUCGGCCCUCAGCAACGGACUGAACACCAACACCGUGACCUCGACGACCAUCAAGACCUCCACGCACAGCAGCAACAGCAGCAGCAGCACCAGUAGUAGUUCCUAUUCCAGUAAGUUCCCCAACGGACUGCCAUUCGAGAACGAGUUCUACCGUCAACCGAGGCGUUCAAUAUCGGAAGUUCGGCCCACGACCGAGUACCCUUCGCGGGGAUCCCAGCGGCGUAGCAAUUCCUCCGAUACGGUCAGCCUGUCCGCCUACGGGGACGAGUUCUCCCGAAAGCCAUCGAACGAAGACUUGUUUGUAGAUUUCACCAAAAGCCUCCCGGAGACGCCCAAGACGCGGCCCGGCCGGUGUUCACCCCCGCUACUGCCACCGCUGCCCAAACCGGCUGCUACGGCACUGGCUGGAGGAGCGACCUCGUCGAUAGUUGAGUAUAGAAACAUUAACCAUAGCAAUUACUUUUACAAAUUUGAAAGCAUCAGCGCCUCGGGGGGCGCAGGUCGACAUCUGCGUCGGCAACGACGCCCCAGUAGACCCCGGUUGCUCGACGACUCCCGGAACAACAACUCCUCCGGACCGGAUCCCGUGGAACCGAUGACGGUGACGACGGGUCCGGAUCGCUGCGGCAGUGGUAACGAGAACGCUGCGGGUGCGAGCGGAAUCGAAGACUGCGAUGAAGACGGUGGUGAAGAGAUGGAAGGAGAGCGAUCUACCGUGUACGUAGCCGUCGCCACGUGGGUUCCCAAAUGCAACAGGUUGCCCUACCAGCACGAAACGCAGCACGAUGGCGGGAAGGCGACGGCUAUUGGCGUUCUUGGGCCCACGUCAUCGGAUAAUGCAGACUUCGAUGGCUCCUCGCGCCGCCGGAGGGAACGCUCGAAACGCUCGCACCACCGCCGCAGUCCGGACUCGAGCCGCCGACGGAACCGGGACCGGCACCGGGAGGACAAGUCCUCGCGACGCCACCACAAGGAUCGGGAUCGUAAAGAGAGGGAAGAUAGGACGCCCGUUAAGGUAAAAUAUUUCCAUUUUUUACAACGGCUACAAUAUGUGCGCAAGAACCGGCCUCCUGCUCGAAGCCGUCCGCUUCUGGCAUUAAAGGUAGCAAAGCCGACCCAGAAGUACACCUGUAGGAGACAAUCCGAAGGUUUUGGAUUGAUCCUGCGGGUGUUUCAGGGCCGCCAUGGGCGGCCGGGGAUGACUUCCGCAUAUGAAACCGGAGUCACCCCCGGCGUCCAUAGCUACCUGGCCGCGAACGGGUCAAGAGCAGAAUAUUGUAGUAGUUUUAACAUAUAUAUUUACAACAAGUACAAUUGUUGCAACUUGGUGGCUAUCAACGCGGAGCGGAUUAGCGGAAUUCUUUGCGUUCUAAACCGAAAGAAAGAAAAUGAGUUACAAGAGACAAACACUCGUUGAUUAACAUCCAUCCCAACAGAACUAACCUCACCUGCUUUCCCAUUCACCAUCAGACAAACAGUGCCAUCUAUUGUCCGGGAGCGCUAACUCGAUCAUUUGCAUGCAAGUCUGUUUGAAGCCGUUUACGCGAGAGAGGAAAUCUCUCGCGAGCGAGUGCGUCGCCGAUCAGCUCACGCAAGCGCAGCACCGUUCCCAUCGUAUCAAAACGAGUUACUAAAAAUAACUCCAAUAACGUUAGUGAGUGAGAGUGUGUUUGUAGGUGGUUUAAAUUGUGUUCGCUUCUCGCUUUCCAUCGCUUUGUUUUGAUUUUAUGGCGCGUCGUUAUGGGCGGGAGAAAAUGCACUUGCAUGCGCAUAAUCUAUAGAAUCGAUUGAAUUAAGGUAAACUGCUAGAAGAUCUUUCGUCUGUAUGGUGUAAACUGUUGGUGCGGAUGAGUGGGACUUGGUGUGUUUGGAUUUGGUACGGUUGCAUGUCUCAUCAGGCAGGCAGGCAGGCAGACCGAGACCGACGAUGACAAGCGCGAGUGGGUGGAUCUUGGCUUUCCGGAUCUGGCCGGCAUUCCAAGGGAGCUGACAAAUUUGCGAAAAUUAGACAGAUUUUGUGUUGUUAAGAAGAAUAAUAACAGUGGAGAAGUUCAGUGACUGACGACACGAACGCAAAUGUUCACAGUCUGGACCUUUGUUCAUCCCUCGGUUCAUCCUUUAACACAUGCCUAAAUAAGUUUUUUUGUUUUUAUUGUGGUUCUAAGGACCUAAAUUCCACUUGAAAAUGUUGCUUGACACUUGGGCAUUAAAGUAGAUACUGAUUUCAAUUAUCUACUGAGAAAUCAGCUUUUCAACGUGUUCAAGAACUUUGGUUUGGUCUCCAGACAAAUUACCAAAUGUAUGUUUAGGUGACUCUUCCUUUCCUGAGUCCCUUUUUUAUAGACAGUUCUUUCUAAUAAUUCGGCGAAAUCUCUUUCGACCAUAUGUCUUAAGGCGAAACUGGAAGCAUUUCCUCAUUUUUUGGUUUUUGUUUUUUUUUUAACGGAGCAAUAUUUUCAAAAUCGGUUUUCGUACACAUAUUAGCUUUGUAUUAGAUAGAUUUGUGAAUCAAACAUAUAACACAUCAAACAUCAAAUAGAACAUCGAAUUUUAAUUUUGUAUGAUAACGUGUGUUACCCAUUAAAAAUGGAUGAACAAAGUCCAAAAUUUUUUUUUCUCUGUCCGGGACAUAAACCACUGCGACCAAUUGUGGUGAUUGUGGUAUUGUAAGAAACUUGUUUUACUCAAAAGUUUAUUUGUGUGAUAGAUUCAUAUAAUGAAAAUUGAAUGACUGGCCCUUCUCAAAUGGAAGUCUAGAUGAUCUUUUUUUCAUUUCAAAGAUGUCCAGUAUAUCUAAUAAAUCAUGCCCGUCGAGUUCCAUUGGAUUCUUAAGGGAUGCUGGGACCAUUACUGUAUGAGUUUGCAAGAAACAAACAAAAAAAAAAAAUAAUUACUUGAUAUUUUUGUUGUUAGAAAAACUUUUUUUCAAUCAAUUUUUCAUUUUUUUUUUUUACAUAUGAAAGUGCAGACGAUUUCCUAAAAGUCACCCAUGCAUCACUUUUUUCUAGGUCUUGCCAUUUUUGUGUUACAUUGACUUGAAAAUUCUAAUUAAUCCACCUAGCGGUGAUGAUGCCUUUCUCGUGCCUUCGAGAAACCAUCUCAACCAAACUCAAGUGACACGUUAAUGAAUAUCGCAUUUUUAUCCAUUUGACUAAAACCCUGUUCAUGGUAGGUACAAGCAAUCAUGUCGGUUAACUGGCUUCUGUUAUCGUUGAAAUUCCUCAACAGUAUCACAGGCACCCAAAAUUUGUCCAUAUGAAACGACGCGCGGAAUGAUAAAAUUUUCUUCGAUUGGUGCAGUAAAAUAUUAAGCUAAUAGUGCUUCUGUAUAUUUGCAUGAUCCAAUUCAAUGAUAAAACCGGAACAUUACUGUGUACCAUGUAAUACUAAUAUGAUUAGAGCCUAAAAUUCCACAAAACAGCCACCAUUUCGGGUAUCUUGGCCGCCAUUUUGGAUACUGUGGUCGCCAUUUUUGGACUCUAUACGUUUUCCCCAUACACCCAAUUAUUCCUAUACUCAGUAUAGUAUACUGCAUGAUUUUAGAGCCUAAAACUCCUUGAAACAGUCGUUAUCUUGGAUUUUGGGUCACCAUCUUGGAUAUUAUGGUCCCCAUGCCAACCCAGCCAACACGAAGUCGCAUAUGAUGUUGAAUAGGAUGCAAAAGUGGAGGCCAUAUACGUACAUGCUUCCAUUUAACCGCGUGUAAAGUGUACGCAUAUCGCCUCCACUUUUGCAUCCUGUUAAACAUCAUAUACGAUCGUGUGUUGGCUGGGAAAUAUACCUAUAUUGCAUGAUUUUAGAACCUGAAAUUUCUUAAGUCAGCUGCCGCCUCGAAAUGUUGGGCGCUAUCUUGCAUUUUGAGCCGCCAUCUUCUGGUCACCAUUUUUGAACUCCGGACAUCUUCCUCUUUCCAAAUAUACCCAAAUUGCAUGAUGUCAAAGGCUAAAACUCCUUUGGAAUUCUGAUUGCCUUUUUUGGAUUCCGUACAUUUUCUCUAUACCAAAUAUACACAAAAUACAUGCUUUUGAGCCCAAAACUCCAUAAAACAGCUGUCAUUUAGAAUUGUAUACGCAAUCUUUGGUUUUGAACCGCCAUCAUGAACAUUCUGUCACCAUUUGUGGACUCUGGACUGUGCCAAAUAUACCCAUAUUGCAUGACUUAAGAGCCUAAAACCCCUUAAAACAACUUCCAUCCUAAAGUUUGGGUCGUCAUCUUGGAUUUUGGGCCGCCAUCUUGUAUGUUCUGGUUGCCGUUUUUGGCCUCUGGACAUCUCUUUACCAAAUAUACCCAUAUUUCUAGUCUUAAGAACCUAAAAUUCCUUAAAACAAUCGCCAUCUUGAUCUUUGGGUCGCCAUUUUGUAUAUUCUGGUCACCAUUUCUGGACUCUGGACUAUACAAAUAUACCCAUAUUGCAUGACUUAAGAGCCUAAAACUCCUUAACCCUUUGAAGCCGAUUUUUUUCCAAGCGUAAUUAUGGAGGUUUUUCUACGUUUUUCAGUAGUUUUGGUGAUCAAUAGCAUAAAAACGGUAGAAUAUUAUGCAGAAUUUUUUUUCUGGAUAUCCUAGAUCAUCCAAACUGUUCUUGAGUUUAGAUCCUUAAGUCUGCGGGUGUAACGGUAACUUCUUUUAUUAUACAAAGCUACGAUUUGUAUUCUGUCAUGUCCAGUAUGUCUUCUGAAAGUUCAAUAGACAGUAUCAGAUCAGUUAGGAUAUCCUAGGUCAUCCAAACUGUUCUUGAGAUUAGAUCCUAAAGUCUAUGGGUGUAACGGUAACUUCUUUCACUAUAAAAGGCUACGAUUUGUAUUCUAUCAUGUUCAGUAAGUCUUCUGAAAGGUUAAUAGACAGUAUCAGAUCAGUCGUGAUAUCCUAGGUCAUCCAAACUUUUCGUUAGAUUAGAUCCUAAAGUCUACGGGUGUAACGGUAACUUUUUUCAUUAUACAAAGCUACGAUUUGCAAUCUAUCAUGUCCAGUAUGUCUUCUGAAAGUUACAGUGGUUGUUUUUAUCAAUUAAGCUUCAUAACAGUAAGGAAGCCCAUAAUAUCCCACACAUAUGAUAGGUACAACGCUUAUUGUUCCAGUAUCUGCUUUGGUAAGUACAGUGGAUUAUGUAACACUACUUAACGUAGUGGCAAAAGCUAGUAUCACAAGUGUAGACCUGAAGCUAUGGUCUCAGGAGCAGUUUUGUUGAUCUGGAAUAUCUCAAAACUAUCUUGAAAUGGCUCAUUAUAUGCCAGGGGAAUUACAGAUUACAGUCUUAAGUUCAUUGUGAGAAUAACUACUGUUACUAUCAAGAGCUAAACUUCAGGAUAGUUUGGCCGAUCCUCAAAGUCCCAGGUUGAUAAUAAUAUAUAUGUAGUAGACUUCGGGUUGAUCCGCGAUUGAUUAUGAAACGUUCCUCAGCAUGUCAGAUAUAGCGAUGUUACGAGUGUAAACCUGAAGUUCUGAACUCAAAGAUAGUUUGGCUGACCUGGAACAUUCCCAUAGUGUCUCUAAAUGACAUUUGAGAUUUCAAGAGCUUUAUGGAUCUCAUCAGAUUAUGUUAUGCUAUUGUUUAUGGUCACAACACAUAAAGUUUUUCUUGUAGAUUUGAAGGACUUCUUUAUAGAACAGUUUGGACGAACCUGAAUGUUCCAAAGGUUUAUAAUAAAAAGAAGACUUCAGAUUGGUCCAAUAACCACGGAUAAAUAUGCAACGUAGAUAUGGCUGUUGUUACGAGUGUAGAUCUGAACUCUAAGAUAGUUUGGCUGACCUGAAAUAUCUCUGUAAUGUCUCUAAAUUACAUUUGAGAUUUCAAGAGCUUCGCGGAUCCCAGCAGAUUAUACAAUACUAUUAUUUAUGGUGAAAACAGAUUCGAAUGAUUACAUUAUAGAACAGUUUGGACGACCCUGAAUAUCCCAAAGGUUUAUAAUAAGCUAGUAGACUUCAGAUUGCUCCAGUAACUGCGGUUGAUUAUGCAACGUUACUCAGUAUAACAAAUAUGGCUACUGUUAUGAGUGUAGACCUGAAGUUCUGAACUCCAGGGUAGUUUGACUGACCUGGAAUAUCCCUGGUGUCUAUAAAUGAUGUUGUAGAUGUCAAGAGCUUCACGGACCCCAGUAGGCUAUGCAAUGCUAUUAUUUGUGGCGAAAAUACAAAAAAAAAUUCUUGUAGAUUUGAAGGACUGAAGGACAGUUUGGAACACCUAGAACAUUCCAGAAUAUAAAACACCUUUUGAUAUUCAUGAUGAAGGCUAAAUGAAUACAUAUAAACGUAAUCCACAUCCAAGUUUACCUUUUAGAACAACUGGUAUGUCAAUUAUUUCGUUAUUCCAUAUUUCAUGGUGUUCAGGAUGUUCUAGGUCAUCAAUGAAGUCCCAAAUACAAAUAUUCCCAUUUUUCCGUAAUAGAGGACUCAAUUUGCAACAACUUUGCCGAGGACAGUAGUAUUCUGUUUUAUCGAAUGGGUCAGCCGUUUCUAAGUUGGGGUCAUAUAUGAUGCCUCCGGCUCCAAAGGGUUAAAACUAUCGCCAUCUUGAACUUUGGGCUUCCAUCUUGGAUUUUGGGCCGCCAUUUUGAAUAUUCCAAUUCCCGGAGUUCAAGGACAUCUUCCCUAUGACAAAUAUGCCCAUAUUGCAUGAUGUUAGAGCCUUAAACUCCGUAAAACAGCCAUCACUUUUAGUUUUGGGUCGCCAUCUUAGAUUUUUGGCCGACAUCGUGGUUUUGUGGUUUCCAUUGAUGAUUUCCGCGUAAAAUUCGGCAACCAUGUUUACAAAAUUUGGCGCAAUUUGAUGUGUCGCAUGAUAGAAUUUGGUGGUCUGGAUCACUAAAAUGGCCAUAACUCCGGAACGCCUUGACCGAUCCGCACCAUUUUCAAUGGCAAACGAUGCGGUAAAAUUCCGGUUCGAUUCGCAUAAUAUUUCUUUCGACCCAACUUUUCUACUUUUAUUUCAUACAAAAUACUUAUUUUUAGGGAUGCUCAUUACACCUCCAAAAUAGCAAGUUUGAGGAACGUUUAAAAAAAUCUGACAAUAUUAAAUUAAAACCUUAUGGAGAUUGCUUCUGGAAUCUCGUGGAGAUUUCCUUCGGAAUCUCGUGGAGAUUUCCUUCUGAAUCUCGUGGAGAUUUCCUUCGGAAUCUCGUGGAGAUUUCCUUCGGAAUCUCGUGGAGAUUUCCUUCGAAAUCUCGUGGAGAUUUCCUUCGGAAUCUCGUGGAGAUUUUCUUCGGAAUCUGGUGGAGAUUUCCUUCGGAAUCUGGUGGAGAUUUCCUUCGGAAUCUGGUGGAGAUUUCCUUCGGAAUCUGGUGGAGAUUUCCUUCGGAAUCUCGUGGAGAUUUCCUUCGCAAUCUCGUGGAGAUUCCCUCCGGAAUCUCGUGGAGAUUCCCUCCGGGAUCUCGUGGAGAUUUCCUCCGGAAUCUCGUGGAGAUGUCCUCCGGAAUCUCGUAGAGAUUUUCUCCGAAAUAUCGUGGAGAUUUUUCCUGGAAUCUAAUGGAGAUCCCCCUGGAUUCUCGUGGAGAUUCCCUCUGGAUUCUCGUGGAGAAUACCUCCGGAAUCUAGUGGAAAUUCCCCCUGGAAUCUAGUGGAGAUUCCUCAAGAAUCUUGUGGAGAUCCCUUCUGGAAUAUCUCGUGGAGAUUCCUUCUGGAAUAUCGUGGGGAUUUCUCCUGAAAUCUCGUGGAGCUUCCCCCUGGAAUCUCGGAGAUUUUUCCUGGAAUCUCAUCAAGAUUUGCACUCGAAUCUCGUACAGAUUCCCUCUGGAAUAUCAGAAAUGUGAUGGUUUUUUCAAAGGUUUUUGGAAAGACAAGUGUAUACAGUUGAUUCAGAUGUUUUGCCACUAGACGCUAGUGAGUGGGCAUAUUUUAUAAUUUAUAUAGCUGAGGAUCCUGACUACUUAGGUGGUGCUCAGACUGGCUGAUUCCGCGGCCCAAAUUCACACUUUGAAUUACAAUCGUGGGCCGUAAAUGAAUUUGACAAUGAUUUUUGGUCGAAGAGAAUUACAAAUGACGUAGAUUGUUUUACUUCUUUUUUUUACCAACUUGGUUUAAAAAUUUCCUCCUCCACCAAAAUCGGAAGUUAUUUGGAAACGGAUUUUUAUGGCUUGACCGUUAUGCAUACUUGUAUUGUAACAGCUGAGUCAAAUAAUGUCAAAAGGUCAAAAAUGUCAAUUGAAAUCUUUCCAAGAAAAAAUAUAGACACUCAUAAAUAUUUAAAAAAAAACUCAAACCACUAUUUUUGAAGAUAUUCUAUUCGAUUUUCUACAUUUUAAUUCUGCAAACUAUUCAAUACCUAUUAAUAUUUACUAUAAGGGUCAGGAGGGAAUUGUGGGCCAAAUCAGGCAUUUGUGCCGGUAACUAAUAAAAAGUUGUUCAUAGAAGGAUUUCGCUUAACUUUUUUUUCAGACUUCCAUCUUAACUGCUCUUUAAAAUCCGUUUAAUUUUCCGGACAACAACUUAGGGAUAUUGAUUGAAAAAAAAUCUGUCAUAGAGUAUUAGAAAAAUACCUGCGAGAAAUUGCGAAUUCUAAAUACUUUCACGAGGGCCUGUCCAUAAACUACGUAGACUCGGAGGGGGGA